AUGGUUCCAAUUUCAUUAGCAUCAACUCAUCAAGCUGGCAGUUUAACAUUAUUAUCAACUGCUUUAUGGUUACUACAUGCAAUGAAAAGAUUUGAAAGAUAUGGAAAAGUUUUAGGUGUAGAUGUUAAACCUAUGGGGUAUGCAUUUGUUGAGUUUGAGGAUCCACGUGAUGCUGAUGAUGCAGUAAAACAAUUGAAUGGAUAUGAAUUGGAUGGUGCUAGAAUUGCC